UCAAAACAUUGCACGCUGCGUAGCAACAUGUGGAAGUUCGAGAAACCUAAUCUUUUUGGGGCGUUUACUCGAUCAAAGUCAGCACUUUAGUGGUAGAGGUUGUUGGUCUUUCACUUUUGGGGAGUGCACCAGAGAAGUUGUCGCGAAGCCACUCUUGACUGCGGUCUGUUCUCGUCUGACCUUCAGAGCUGCUUCCAGACAUGUAGUCAGCAGCAGAAGCAGAGCGUAUUCCUGUUUGCAAACUAUUUUUCCUCUCAAACAAGCUUCCUCUACCUCUCGGACUGGACUUCGGUGCGUUGACUUCGUCUCGCCCUCCCCUGCCCCCUCGCCCCCCAGCAAUGGCCUCACGCAUUGGUCUGCGUAUGCAGCUAAUGCGAGACCAGCUGCAGCAGGAGGAGCAGCGCGAGCGGCAACAGCAGCAAAAUGCUGCCCUGCAAUACAUGCAGCACCACAUGGCUGGACCACCUGCCCCCACUGCAGCCAUCAGCGCCCCCCAAAACUACCAAAGCAUGCAGGUGCCCGUGGAGGUUCUUAAGGUACAGACCCACCUUGAGAAUCCUACGGACUACCACAUCCGUCAGUCUCGGAGGCAGCAGGUGAAAGAAUACCUCUCCACUACCUAUGCCACCAAACAGAUGGUCCACGCUGUAGCAGGGCCAAUGCCACCAUCUCCCCCUGCAGCCAUUGGGCCUACAGGGAGUUCGGCGUCUCUACCCCCGCCCCUCCACUCUCCACACAGGCGCACUGAGCAGCUCAUGACUGGCAACAGUGCACCCAACAGCCCAAUGGCCAUGCUCAACAUUGGCUCCAGCCAGGAGCAAGAGAUGGAUGAGGUCAUUGAUGACAUCAUCAGCAUGCAGUCCAGUUACGAUGAUAUUCAGGCCUACGUAGACCCCGUACAGAUGCCCAACACACUCCCUCUGUCCAGCAGCCACCUGGAUGUGUACACAGGUCCAGGCAUGAAGGGGCCAGCCAUUGCAAUGACCAGCAACUCCUGUCCUGCCAACUUGACCAUCAAACGAGAAAUUUCAGAAGCCCGUGCCCUGGCCAAGGAGAGACAAAAGAAAGAUAACCACAAUCUCAUUGAAAGAAGACGGAGGUUUAACAUCAAUGAUCGUAUUAAAGAGCUUGGCACAAUGAUUCCCAAAACCAAUGAUCUCGAUGCUCGCUGGAACAAGGGCACCAUCCUGAGAGCGUCUGUGGACUACAUCAAACGUAUGCAGAAGGAUGUACAGAGGACCAGAGAGGUGGCGACUAACUUCAAAAGGAUGGAAAUGGCCAACAAACAGUUGAUGCUUCGCAUUCAGGAGUUGGAGAUGCAAGCUCAUCUGCACGGCCUUCCCAGCAACUCUCCAUCUGGCCUGAACCCGGCAGACGUGAUGACUCCAUACAUAAAACAAGAGACCAGCCCAGAGGAGAACCUCUCCCACACUCAGACACAAGCUCCACACCAUCACCUAACCCAGAGCCAGGCUCCUCUCCAGCCCCAGCAGCAUCACUUCCUCCCACAGGCCCACCUCCACCCACAAAGCCAUGCUCAGCCUCAGCAGUCCAGGCAGCUGACCAUGCUCCCCCAACACCUCCAGCCUCAGCCGCCCAUCCAGUACCCAGCCGUAGGCAGCUCCCAGCCCUUUGACUUUGCCCAGUCGCUGGACUUGUGCGACGGGAUGCAGGCAUUCUCAGACGGCAUGUCGGGGCUGGGCGAUCUGGGAGGACUGGAUAUGCAGGGCCGUAGAAGCGAUAUGGGAUUUCUCAUGAUGGAUGAGCCGUUGUCCCCCAUGGGUGGGGACCCUCUGCUCUCCACCAUGUCCCCAGAGGCCUCUGUCGACUCCAGUCGCAGAUCCAGCUUCAGCAUAGACGAUGGCGAAAUACUGUAGACACAUGCAUGCACACACACACACACACACACACGCACACAGACACACGCGCACAUACACACUCCUGCAAGUACAUGCUAAAAAAAAAAAAAAGUGUUGGUACCACUAUGGACAGCAUAAAAAAAGGCCAUCAUCACAAUGACUGGAAGCCAUUAAGCAGCAGAAUCCUACAACACAUUCAAUACACGUCAAAAGUGAUAUCACGCACAUGCAAAACUGGAUAAGACAUGAAAUGAGGAUCUUGAAACUUUCAAAGAACAUUUCCAAGGGGUAAACAAAUACUGAGAGGUCAGCGUUCUACAGUACAUUGUUUUCAUGAAGGUGGUGGUCAUUUUUCAUUCAUAAGUAGAUAUUUGUAGUAGGAUGAUUGUACAUUGUCCCAUUUUGCCAUAUCAGCAUAAAUGAUUACAUGAUACAGAAGGAGCAGCUUUGUGCUCCCGUGUGUGUAGUUUAGUCUACAGCGAUGCUACUCGGUCUCAUUUUUGUUUUGCUAUAUCUGUAAUUGCACAGUUUGUCGUCACGAUUAGCACUAUAUGGUUGGUGUCAGGUAGAGGCCAUCGUUAGCAUGCUAAGCUUAGCAUGGCCUUAAAGUGGCCAUAUUGACAUGCACAUUGUGGGCUUUAUGGGAGUAACUCUAGGUGUCCUUUUCAUCAACUCACACAUUCACCAGUACCACUUUAUACGCCUCUUUGCUUCUGUUAGUGUCCUGGUUGCCAUUUAAAAGCAUGUCAUCCAUAUCUAUCAUACUCAGGUACUGUAACGGAAUUCACAAGCGGGGGUCAUUUUAAAUAAGUGCUGAUGGGAACUUGAACCAGGCCCAUAACUUAAGCAGCUUUUUAAGGCCAGAGUUCAUGACAAGAAUUGAUACUGUUAAAAAAAAAAAAUCAAUGGUAGAGGGCCACAGACAGGGUGGAUUUUAAUCCUGUGCAAAUUGCAGUAUACAGGUAGCUCACAUUAGGUUCACACACACACACACACACACACACACACACACACACACACAAAGUGUUCACUUGACACAGAUUCAAGAGCUCCCAACACACACACACAGCACAUUGUGUAUUGAGGCUGGUUUCAAAUCAGCACCAUAGUGAGGGCGUCUUUGACUGAGGUGAAGCUCAGCUGAUAUUCACACUCUCAUCCAAAGGGCAUCUUUUUGGUCCAUCUUGUCAUCAUGGCAGUCUGAGCAUUAUGGAUGGUAAAGAACUCUUGUGGUGAUAUUUUUGAUUAUAAGUAGGGAUGGGCAUUUCACUACAUUUCCUUGAUUAAAAAUAAUGCUCAAUUAAUCGAUUAUUUGUUCUUUUAGGGAGGGGAGAAUUGCUCUUGGAAUGUUCUCAACUCCUGUUUCCAUGGCACAGUAAAACCAGCUACGACUGAAUCAACAGCGCCCCUGCUGGUC